AUGGCGAACGAACAGAAAGGCCCAGUCGAUCCGUCGAUCGUCAACGAGCAGUAUUAUCACGGUAAGUACGUCAGAAUUUUUUGGAGACUGAAAUUUUAGGUCUGCUUCCUCGUGAGGACAUCAAAGUAAUGUUGCGUCAGAACGGGGAGUUUCUGUUGCGAACCACGGAGCCCACCAAAGAGGCGACGCGUUCCUACGUGCUCUCCGUCAUGGUAUAUCAGGAGAAGGAGGAGAACGGUGUAAAGAUCUUUCUCACAAAAGUUUUUACCUUGCAUCUUGUGCAAUGUUUGCUUUUUGCUAUUUUUAGAUCAAGCACUAUGUUAUCCAGAAUCAUCAUGGUCGCUGGUCCAUCGAGAAGUUCGGUUUUGACAGCAUCAAGGCCAUGAUCGAUUACCACAUGAGCAAGGGCGAUUCCAUCUCCAAAGUUUUGAACAAUGUUAUUCUGAAGACCCCGAUUUUGAGACAGAGCUGGGAGUUGGCUCACGAAGACAUUCAGUGUGUCAAAAAGCUGGGCGAGGGAGCAUUUGGUGAGGUGCACAAAGGGACCUUGAAGAAGUAUGGCAACGUUAUUGAUGUGGCGAUCAAAUUAGCAAAGUUGGAGGCCUUGACCAAGGAGCAGAUCAAGGAGAUUAUGAGAGAGGUAGGAGUGGGUGGAUUUUGAUGAAACUUGGAAUAGCGGAAGAUUGAAGUCUGAUAGGGAUAUGGGAAAGAUUUCACAACGUGUUUCGCCGAAGCAAUUAAGAUAUUAUUGAUUUACUCGAAACAGAUAUUGCUUUAGAUAAUUUUUGUAAAAUAGUUAUAGUUUUGAAUCUCUAAUCUGACGAACAGCUUAUUUAUCACUAUUAAAAACUCUUUCUAUGCCUCUAGUAUUAUUCCAUGACUUGCAGGCCCGCCUGAUGCGCAACUUUGACCACGCAAAUGUCGUCCGGUUCUUUGGAGUGGCUGCCGGUCAAGAACCGCUGAUGGUCGUGAUGGAGUUAGCCGACUGUGGUUCCCUCGACUCAUUCCUCCAGAAAAAUGAGCAACCCGUUGAGAAGAAGAAUGAAAUGUGUGUUCAAGCCGCAUAUGGAGUGGAGUACCUUCAUAAAGAAAAUGUGAUCCAUCGUGAUUUGGCGGCCAGAAAUUGUCUCUACGGAAACGGACAGGUCAAGAUUAGUGACUUUGGGUUGACUCGAGAGGGAACGGUCUAUCAGAUGGAUCCACACACGAGAGUGCCGAUUAGAUGGUAAGAGAUUUUUUGGAGGUGUCAUGGAUAAUAUACGCAAUGGUUUUAGGAGCUGAGAUAAGGAUGUGUCAUGGUUCGUAGAUGUGUUUUAAAAUUUUUUAUGACGUUUCUUGCCAUUGUACAAACUUAGGAACAUGUAUUGUACAAAAUAUGAAAGUUGCGAUAUUACAUUAGGUUCUAGUUAGGUAUGCAAAAUACUAAUGUCAAAUUCAUUCAACUUCUUUCAGGCUGGCUCCAGAGACCCUUCGUAUCUUCAUCUACACUCAGAAGACGGAUGUUUGGGCUUUUGGUAUCAUGUGUUGGGAGAUCUACUCCAAUGGUCAAGAACCUUAUCCUGGAAUGAGCCCUGGAGAGACUUUUGUCAAGGUGAAUUUUUUUUUUUUUUUUUGAAUUUUAGGAAAGGUUAUGAGACAGGCUGACAUCGACGUAUACUGUAAUUUUCAGGUCAAAGAUGAGCAGUAUCGCAUGACUUUACCGCCUUGCACUCCACCUGAAAUGGUCAACUUCAUCACCAAGAAAUGUUGGGCCGAAAACCCGAACGAUCGCGCUUCUAUGCAGGAGUUGGCCCAUAAGUUGGAAUUGUGGUGGAAAGUCCCUCGUGCACCCGCGCCCAGCAAGAUCUCCGAAGUUUUCACCCAGAGGCCUUUGAAGAAGAAGAAGAACAAAAAGGGAUAA